CAUCUAGAUACAGGCCGCAACAAUGUCGUUCUCAAAACAGGAUCAGAUAUUUUUAUUUUUCAUGGUUUUAAUAGAAUUUUGCCAAGACAACAGUCAAACAGAGGCUAUGUCUGUCAGUAGUACAACACACUUUGAGUAUCUUUUUGAUUCCACGACAACCGAGAAAUGGCAGUCCAGCAUCAAUUCCGGAGGAUUUGGUAAUAAAUCAACCACGACAACCGAGAAAUGGCAGUCCAACAUCAAUGCCGGACGAUUUGGUAAUAAACCAACCACGACAACCGAGAAACGGCAGUUCAACAACAAUGUCGUAUACGUACGAACUAGUAACAAAUCAAGAACAGCAGGCUUGGACCAGUACAGACUGUGA